AUGACUACCGCAAAGCCAUUCGAUAUUGCUAUAGUCGGGGGCGGCAUAAGCGGACUUACACUCGCAGUUGGCCUCCUUCAGCAAAAUGUGCCCUUCACAGUUUACGAAUCUGCCUCGAAAUUUACCGAGAUUGGCGCCGGCUUAGGGUUCGGGCCAAAUGCUGUCACUGCCGUUGAACUUAUCUCCCCCAAGCUGUUCGAAGGACUUGAGCGACGUGUUACUCUUGGUUGGGAGAGCAAGCGAAAGGACUGGUUCACGGUCAGGGUUGGCGAUCAGAGAAAGGCAGGCCCAGAUGGAGUGCUGAAGCAGAAGGAAAAGGAGGGGUUGAGAGUUGGAGACCCAAUUUUCAACAUUGAGCACUCUGACGAUAGACUUGCCGGCGGUGUGCAUCGAGCACAUUUCCUAGAUGACCUUCUAACGUUGAUACCAGACUCCGUGUCGAAGUUCGGCAAGAAGCUAGUUAACAUCAGCAGUGCUACAGACGGAUCACAGGAUGCCGUGUUGCACUUCGCAGACGGGACUACGGCGCAGCAUAGUGCUGUGGUAGGUUGCGAUGGAAUAAAAUCUAAGACUAGGGAGAUACUCCUGGGCGAACAGUCGAAAGCCGUAUUCUCCGGGAAAUACGCAUAUAGGGGGUUGAUACCUAUGGAACGAGCCGUAGAGUUACUAGGCGCUGAAAUAGCCGAAAACCCCCAGAUAUGGAUGGGAUAUCAUCGCCACCUGCUUACCUUCCCAAUCGAGAAGGGUAAGACUAUGAAUGUCGUGGCCUUCAGCUCUUGCGACACAUGGACCGAUCCACAGUGGGUGGUAAAAGCAUCGAAGGAGAAAAUGCUGGACGAUUAUAGUACAUGGGGCACUGCGGUGAUAUCCAUUGUCAACGCUAUGGAGAAAAGAGACGUCUGGGCUCUCUUUAAUGAUCCACCUGCAGAGACUUACUACGGGUUAAGCCCUCGAAUAUGUCUCCUCGGCGAUGCUGCGCACGGUACGACGCCUCACCAGGGCGCAGGUGCCGGUAUGUGCAUUGAAGACUGCUAUAUCCUGAGCCAUCUCAUAGGAGCAGCAAAAAGCACCCAAGAUCUUGACAAGGCAUUUCAAGCAUACGAUGAGGUAAGGCGACCGAGAACCCUUAAGUUGGUAAAGACUAGCAGGGAGGCCGGCAUGCUAUACGAGUUCGAACUCGAAGGUGACGAUCUUGAGGCCAUUGAAAGAAACUUCAAAUCGCGCAUGAGUUGGAUCUGGGAUGUGGAUUUGAAGCAGGACCUGGAGAAGGCAUUGUUAAUCCUUAAAGGUUAA